UUUGGACUCCGCCCGCGCCGGAUUAACGUGGCCAUGAUAGUCACCGCCAAGUUGGUAGCCAUCGGCCUGAGCCUGGCGCUCACGGCCUUCACUGUGUCGACCAUUGUCCUGGCCGUCCAGAAGUCAAAUCUUAAGAGUGAUCUGCGCGAUGCCCAGGAGAAACUGGACCUCCUUGAGGCGGGGUUUACCUCAACGGCUGCUCCGACAACCCCAACCACUGCGAGUCCUGGCAGCACCAGCAGUCCCAGUACCGGGGAGCCUGGAAGCACUAGUAGUCCGGAACCCACUAAUGCUCCUGGAAGCACAGCAUCUCCGGGAUCCACUGCAACACCGGGAUCCACUGCAUCUCCGGGAAGUACUGUCUCCCCAAUUCCAACUACAGUCGAGCCCGGCACCACUGCUGCGCCGGUGGAGAAAAUCGACUACCGACUGCCCGGCAAUCUGAUACCCAGCCACUACGAUCUCUACCUGUUCCCCGAUAUCGAGACGGGCGAGUUCAGUGGUCAGGAGACCAUAACGAUUAAAGUUGUAGAGGCCACGGACAGGAUAGUCUUGCACUCCCUCAACCUGAACAUUUCGAGUAUGUCACUAUUAAACACGGGCAGUAACACUUUGGAGAUUGUGGAGAAAUCGUUCGACCCCGUCAGGGAGUUCCUGAUCCUCCAGCUGAACGAGCCGCUGGCACAGGACAGGGAAGUGAAUCUGCAUCUCGGGUUCGAGGGAUCCAUGGCCAACAAGAUUGUGGGCCUGUACAGCUCGUCGUAUGUGAAGGAGGACGAGACCCGCAAGUGGAUUGCCACCUCCAAGUUCGAGCCCACCUACGCCCGCCAAGCGUUUCCCUGCUUCGAUGAGCCGGCUCUGAAGGCUGAGUUCACCAUUACCCUGGUGCAUCCGGCCGGGGAGGAUUACCAUGCCCUGUCCAACAUGAAUGUGAGUUCGACUGUCAAUCAGGGGGCCUUCCAGGAGGUCACCUUCACGAAGAGUGUGCCCAUGAGCACCUACCUGGCCUGCUUCAUCGUCUCGGACUUCAGCUUCAAGCAGGUGGAGAUCGACACCAAGGGCAUCGGGGAAACCUUCAACAUGAGCGUCUACGCCACUCCGGAGCAGCUUGACAAGGUGGAUCUCGCAGUGACCAUUGGCAAGGGGGUCAUCGAGUACUACAUCGACUACUUCCAAAUCGAGUAUCCCCUGCCCAAGCUGGACAUGGCCGCGAUUCCGGACUUUGUCUCCGGUGCCAUGGAGCACUGGGGAUUGGUCACCUACCGCGAAACAUCGCUUUUGUACGAUGCCGAGACGAGUUCCGCGAGCAACAAGCAGCGCAUCGCCAGCGUAAUUGCCCACGAAUUCGCUCACAUGUGGUUCGGAAACUUGGUAACCAUGAACUGGUGGAAUGAUCUUUGGCUAAAUGAAGGUUUCGCUAGCUUCAUCGAGUAUCUGGGCGUGGAUGCCGUCUACCCAGAAUGGCAAAUGCGUGAUCAAUUCAUAGUGAGCACUCUGCAUGCCGUACUUACCUUGGAUGGAACACUGGGCUCCCACCCGAUCAUCCAGACCGUGGAGAAUCCCGACCAGAUCACAGAGAUCUUCGACACCAUCACCUACUCCAAGGGAUCCUCUCUGGUGCGCAUGCUGGAGGAUUUCCUGGGAGAGACCACCUUCCGCCAGGCUGUUACCAACUAUCUGAACGAGUACAAGUACUCCACGGCGGAAACAGGCAACUUCUUCGCAGAGAUCGACAAACUGGAUUUGGGCUACAAUGUCACAGACAUCAUGCUGACAUGGACGGUGCAAAUGGGUCUGCCGGUGGUCACGAUCACGAAGGUCUCCGACACUGAAUACAAAUUGACGCAGAACCGCUUCUUGUCCAACCCGAACGACUAUGACGCAGAUCACGAGCCCUCGGAAUUCAACUACCGCUGGUCGAUCCCCAUCACAUAUACCACCAGUGCGGAGUCGGUGGUGCAGCGCCAAUGGUUUAACCACGACCAGAGCGAAAUCACUGUAACCCUGCCAUCGGCUGUCCAGUGGAUUAAGUUCAACGCCGAUCAGGUGGGCUACUAUCGGGUGAAUUACGAGACCGAUCUGUGGACCGCUCUGGCCGAUCAACUGGUGGCUGAGCCCAGCUCCUUCAGCGCUGGAGAUCGCGCCUCCCUCCUCAACGACGCCUUCGCCCUGGCCGACUCCACCCAGUUGCCCUAUGAGACGGCCUUUGAGCUGACUAGGUACUUGGCCAAGGAGGCUGACUAUGUCCCCUGGAGCGUGGCUGCCUCGCGUCUCACUUCCCUGAAGAGAACCCUCUACUACACCACCAGCUAUGCCAAGUACAAGAAGUAUGCCACAGCCUUGAUUGAGCCCAUUUACAAGGAUCUCACCUGGACAGUUGGCGAGGAUCACUUGGAUAAUCGCCUUCGUGUCACCGCCUUGAGUGCCGCCUGUUCCCUGGGUCUGGAAUCCUGCCUCUCUGAGGCCGGAGUGCAGUUCAGCACAUGGCUGGCAAAGCCGGAGGAUCGCCCCAAGGCCGAUGUCCGUGAGACCGUCUACUACUACGGAAUCCUCUCUGUGGGCGACCAGGAAGUCUGGGACGCAGUGUGGGAGCUCUUCGUGAACGAAGCCGAUGCCAGCGAGAAGUCCAAGCUGAUGUAUGGCCUAUCUGCGGUGCAAAUUCCUUGGAUCUUGCAGCGCUACAUUGAUCUCGCCUGGAACGAGGAGUACGUGAGGGGUCAGGACUACUUCACCUGUCUCACCUACAUCUCGGCGAAUCCGGUGGGAGAGUCCCUGGUCUGGGACUAUGUCCGGGAGAACUGGCAGCGUCUGGUGGACCGAUUUGGCCUGAACGAGCGCUACCUGGGCAACCUGAUACCCUCGAUCACGGCCCGCUUUAGCACCCAAACCAAGCUCGAGGAGAUGGAGCAGUUCUUCGCCAAAUAUCCGGAGGCCGGAGCGGGCACAGCUGCCCGAGUGAGGGCUCUGGAGACGGUCAAGAACAACAUCGUUUGGCUGGCCGAGAAUCUGGAGGGCGUGGAUGCCUGGCUGGACAAGCAGCAACUGUAGAAAAGUCCGAGGAGGAAGUGGUUUGCGAUCGCGGUCCGCUUUUAAUUUGGACUCACCUAAUUGCCAUUAUUAAGCAAAAAUAUGCCGAACAAGUGGAAAUAAAGAUAAGCUAGUUAUGGGAAA